UGCUGCUCUGAUUGAUUUGAUUAAUUGGUGUGAUUGAUUGAUUGCUGAAUUGACAGUUUUGUUAGAGAAUCUGAUCCGUGUAAUGGUCCUAUGAUACUAUUAGGGAGCAUGCUGGAAAUCUGAUGCUUGCAUAGUUUACCUGCUCUCAGGGUACUGGUCUGAGUGGAAUCAGUAGAGCUUCUUACCUGCUCUCAUGGUACUGGGGUGUGAGUCGAUCAGUAGAGCUCCCUUUUGCGGCCAUGUGGGUAUUUGGAAAUUAGGGCUAUGCUCUGCAAUGAACUUUAGUGUCUGCGCAGCAAAGCGAGCACAUUUUGCGCUCCAUUGUCUCACCUUAAAUCCGUUCGUCGAGCAAUUCUGAGCGGUACUGCUUAGAUGUUUGAUUGAUUGGUGGGUUGUGUUGGCUAGGAGCUAAAACAUCACUGCUAUUUGAUUGGCGAUUCUGCCGACCCACUCGUUUAAUUGUCAUAAUGUGCUGAGUAUUUUGGAAAUUUGCUCUUUAAAUGUGCUGCUGCUGCUUUCCAUUUGCGACUGGACGCGUGUAGGUUUGACGGUUUGUCGUAGUUUAUCCUACUGGCUCCUGUAAAUCUGCUCCUCUGCUCCCCCGCCUCUCUUAUCAAAACCCCCCGAUUUAUUACCCUAAACCCGUAGCAAUUCCAGCCCCCUCCCCCCUCUCCUCCCAUAUCUAGCCGCCGCAGUCCUGAGGAAGCUCUGACCCCCUAUUGCCGCCCACCAAAUCCUGUAGAGCUAUCUGCUUUGGAAAUUUGCUCUUUAAAUGUGCUGAAUAUAUUUUGGAUAUUUGUUCUUUAAAUGUGCUGCCGCCGCCGCCGUUGCUCCUUAAAUGUGCUGCUGUGGCGCCUGUAAAUCUGCUCCUCCGCUCCUCUGCGCUCUCUCUCCUAUCGAAACGCCCCUACUUAUUAGCGUAAACCCGAAGCAAUUCCAGACACCCCCCCCCCCCUCUCCUUCUCCCAUAUCCCGCCGCUGCAAUCCUGCGGAACCUCUGACCUCUAUUGCCGCCCGGCGAAUCCUAUAGGGCCAUCUAGUUUUUUUUUCUCUUCUUCGGGGCCGGGGAAUAUGUCGGCCAUGGUGACUGAGGAGGGGUCCAGGUUCGGGUCCGGAGGGUGGAUGUGGGAGCAGGACAUGGUAUUCGAGAGUACGCCGGCGUUGGUGGAUCUGGAGAAGGGCGAGGCUGUGUGGAACAACAUGGCCGGCGUCGUUGAGGUGAAGGGGUCCGGAUCCGGGUCUGGGCCCGGAGGGUGGACAUGGGAGCAGAACAAAGCGUUUGAGAAUGCGCUGGCGUUGGUGGAUCUCGGGGAGGGUGAGGCAGUGUGGAACAAGAUAGCUGAUGCUGUUGGGGGGAAGACAGCCGAGGAGAUCAAGCGGCACUAUGAGCUGUUGGUGGCGGAUGUGGACGCCAUAGAGGCGGGCCGGGUGCCGCUUCCCGUGUACACUGAUGGCGGGAGUCCUGAGGAGGGAGGCUCCGGCGGGAAGAAGGGCGGCGGUAGGGUAGGAGGAGGACGCGGAGGGCAUGGGCCGAAGGGUUCGUCCAAGUCUGUCGAGCAGGAGGGCCGGAAGGGGAUCCUCUGGACUGAGGAUGAGCACAGGUUGUUCCUUCUUGGACUUGAAAAGUAUGGCAAAGGUGACUGGAGGAGCAUCUCAAGGAACUUCGUGAUCUCAAGGACGCCCACUCAGGUCGCCAGUCACGCCCAGAAGUACUUCAUCCGCCUCAACUCGAUGAACAGGGAGAGGCGGCGAUCAAGCAUUCACGACAUCACCAGCGUGAACGGAGAGGCAUCAGCUGCUCAGGGCCCAAUCACAGGCACAAAUGGGCAGGCCGCAGUCCCUGGCAAGUCCCCCAAGCAAUCUCCGCACCAGCCAGGGAACCUGCCUCCAGGCGUGGACGCCUUCGGCACCACCAUCGGGCAGCCGGUGGGCGGCCCCCUCGUGUCCGCCGUCGGCACCCCGGUCACGCUCCCUGUCGCCGCCCCGCCUCACAUGGGAUACGCCAUGCACGCCCCGGUCCCAGGGACCGUGGUGCCCCGGGCUCCGAUGUACCCGAUGCCGCCCCCGCCGUCCCGGUGAUGGGCCCGUGCUACAAAAUAGACGUUGUUAAGCGAUGCUGCUGGGCUUCCUGACAGACCAACUCAGAACCUUCUCCAUGUUGUCCGGCCUUGCAGUGAAAUGCUCUGUUAUGUCUGAAUAAAGGAAUAACGAUAAACCCUUGUACAUUACCGAUGGUGUUGUGGACGUUGUGGAUUAUAUGUAAUCGUGACGCGUUUCGUCGUCGUCGUUCGAUGUUCGCCUUCGGGUCGGGUGGAUGGAUACUGGGUGUGUUUCUGUUAGUGAUCUGUGUAAUGCAGGCACAGGGGAAGAGAUACUUAGCAGUGUUACUUAGCAAUGUAUGAAUUGGUUAUUACAGAGAUUAUCAUUAUCAUCUGUGGUGUAUCUGUGUAACAGAUGAUCAACAAAGAUUUGUCCAGGAAAA